CGCGUAUACAUUUUGGCUAAUCGAGCAUGCGUAGUGAUGUUGUUCGACCAUCUCGACGUCUGAACAUUCGUCGCAAUUUUAAAAAUGUCAAUAAUAAGUCGUGGCAACUUAUCACGAGCGAAAUUCGGCAUCGAUAACUUUCUGCACGUGAAAGAAUAUUUCAGAGUUAAAGUAACGAAUGAAUAUCAAAUGGUUUUGUAGUAGCGACUUUCGUUCAGACUUGACCGAGUCUGUAACGUAAAAAAGCUUUAUCGACAAAUUCGACCUUUCUUUAUACGUUUUGUGUUUUUAAAAAGGAAAUUUUCUUUGUAAAAUGGUAUCAAAUGAUUCUUCAGGGAUGUGAAAAUAAUGAAGAAAUCCUUCUCCAGCGUUAAUAACGACCAUAAAGAUGGUUCGAGGCGACUUUACAGAAGUGCUGUGGAAGCGGCUCGACGCCUCGAAGACCACAUGCAAAAUGUUUCCUCCCUAGAAGAUUUGCUGAAUUCUGAUAUAACAACUAUAAGAAUAAGGCUCAAAGAUUAUUGCGAACGUCUCAUGUUUACCGAUCCUGCGGAAUAUGGACGCAAAGCAGAAGAACUGAUGUGGAGAAAAGUUUAUUAUGAUUUCAUCCAAAGUUUUAAACAACAAAAAAAGGUAUUAAUAAACAGUUAUAAUAAUAAUUAUAGUUUACAGAUUCAUUUAUUAUCCGGUAUUGGAAAUUAUCAUCAUCUUUUGUUGCGAUUGCAAACGGAAUUUCAUUUAAAUUUAGAAGGUAAAAUUGAAAUACCAUUCAUAUGGCAUCAACAGGGAAUUAAAAAAGAUCGUUGGAAAAAAUAUCAGCAAUCAACAGAACUAGAAGAAAACAUAAAUGAAUGGGUACAUCAUGCUUGUCACCGAUUUCUUGUCUACCUUGGUGAUUUAGCUCGUUACAUGUCUGACAUGGGACAAAAUAGCAGCGUUCAUACUGCAAAACGAUACUAUUAUCAAGCUCUUUGUUUUGAUCCGACCCUGGGAAUGCCACAUAAUCAGUUAGGCACGCUUGCUGGAAUGGCCAAUUGUGGAUUAGAUGCUACGUAUCAUUAUAUGCGAUGUAUACUUUGCACUCAUUCGUUUGACGGUGCCGAAGGAAAUCUGCAGCGUGUUUUUGACAAAAAUAAUCAAAUGUACAAAGAAAUUAUUACUAAAGAUCAAAAUAAUGAAAGUUCUUUUAAAGUGAAACGAUUUUUAUGUACUUUUUUGGUAUUAUGUGAGCAGUUCUUUUUAUUCCACAAUGACGAAACGUCUGCAUUGUGUCAUGAUGCACUUUUAGAUUUGGACAAGUGUUUGGAAUAUUUGUAUGCUAACGAGAAAGGACUAGUCGAUUCAAACCACACAGACUGCAAUAAUACUGUCGUAUUUGAUGAUGUUAUUUUUAAAAUGACUGUUAUGUGUAUCAUGUGCGUGGCUAGACUGCAGCAGAAAAACAAAUCUGCAAUAUCAGCUUCUGUAGCUUUUACUUUAGCUCUCUUUUCGAGUAUUGUUUCACAUGGCGUCAAGAGAAUUCAAGAAUUUUUUUUUUCUGAGGAUACGCAAAAUAGUUUAGAGGAAUGUGAUUUAAAAAAUGGUGAACAAAACCUUGUUGACGCAACUCCUACAACUUCCCCGCAACCUCCUUUAAUACAUUGCAGUACAAUAUCGACUGGAGAUAAUCAUGAUAUUUCCAAGAAAUAUAAAGAGAAACUGUCUAGAAAAAAUAACAAAUCUGUAACCUGCUUACGGAUGCUUCGUCGUCGAAGGAAAAUGAGCGGUACUAGUCAAGAAGAUUCUGAGUUUAGUGAAGAUUCUGACGACGAUAAAGUUUUGCCGAGCGACCACAUUACAUCUGACAUUAGCGAAACCGGUAGCGUCAGUAGUGAAAGUUUGGCGGAACUAGAGGCAACAGAGGACGAUCUAGUCGUAAACGGAAUAAGCACUUCCAGUGGAGAUUUGUCAACUCUGAAUGGUGAACUAACUUUCAGUAAUAGCGGAGAUAUUCUCAGUAGUAGUGGAGAAUUAAAACCAAAUCACAUUAUCAAAAAUUGGAAGAAAAAGCCAAAUGGCAAGCUCAAUAACAACUGCAAGAAUGACUUGAAUAAUGGAAUCGAUUCGAUAAUCAUGCAUAAUAAAGUCAAUUCAAGUAAUAAGAUAAAAUCUUCCAAACAAGAUCUGAAACAAAACAUAUCUACAAUUACUUUACUUCCUCUGAAAUCACUAAAUAUCUUAAGCAAAGAAGGAUUAUUACCCUGUUUGAAAAUAAUUUUCGAUUGGAUGCAAACUCAUACGGAAAUAGUUUCUGCUUGUGAAGAGAGUUCAAAGUUUCUUUGGUGUCAAGUUGUGGAUCUUCUUAAUUUUCUUUUAAAAAUUGAAGAAAAUAUAUUAUCAGCUAAUGAAUUGGAUAUCGGCAGUCUUCUUCAGUUUUCCAGAAAUUGCAGCGAUUGGGAACAAAAAUAUCCUCUUCCCGAAGACAUCGAACUUCAAAAUCUUCCUUUGUUAGAAAAUAUUCAUAAUAAAUUAAACUUUGAUAAAAAGAAGAGCUUAUCUCUUACCCAGCAAACUUUUCUUCGCCUUCAGUGUCUUCUGAAUUUUGGUUCUGUAUUGUGCAAGUGUUGCAACAAAGUAAUUACUUUUAAUUCUGAGAAUAAGUUGUAUGCCAUUAUCCCAUCAACUAAUGGAACAAUAAAUUUGAAUGAAACGGAAACCUCAAAUAAGAAAGAAGUCGAUAACAAAGAACUAGAAAAUCAAAGAAAACAAAUGAUGAGAAGCAUGGCUCAUCUGUGGCUCAAAGCCGAAGUCAACGAUUUGGAAGUAUUAGUCGAAGGCAGUUCGACUCCUCAGUUGUCUCCCUAUUUAGUUCCCGACACUGGGUCUCUCUGUAGUCAACUUACUCUAUUAAAGCAGUUGGUAGCAACUAAAAGAUUCAUUCUGGUCAUCCCUACAGUAGUUAUAGAAAAUCUAGAUCAAAUAAAACGAGAGAGUCCAAGCGCCAGAGAGGCAAUACGCUGGCUGGAAUCGGAACUACGUAGAGGUAGCAGAUACAUGAGGGCGCAGAAACAACAGGAAAGAUUAAGUCUGACUCUAGUGAAAUAUCCAAAGAAGAAGGAUAAAGAAGCAUGGGAUUUUUUUAAGAUCUUGGAAUGUUGCCAUUAUUUAAAUCAACAAGGAUCGAACAGCAAUUCCGACGUUCCAUUAGUUACUCUGAUUACUGGUGGUAGUAAUAUGUUGCCUCCAAAUGCCUCCACUCUUGCACUGUCAGUAGGUGUGAACAUGGAGAACACGGAGGAAUUUGUCUCCAAGUGGCGUAACUCUUCCAAGAGCCAGGGUUGAUCACAAGGAUUACACAGUCGAGGAAGCAUUUGGCAGAAAAAGUGGCAAAGGAGAUUCUCACCUUAGAACACACUGCUACCUUCCACAGAAGGACGGACAAGAAGAAAUUUGUCCAAGCAGUCAAAUUAGGCCAAACGGAUUCCCACACUUGAUAUAACCGGGACUAUAUUGGGUCGAAAGCAUGAGGAUUCUCUCGUAAGAGUGUUGUUACACAAAUUUAAAUUUACAAGAAAAAAUAAAAAAAAGUGUUAUCGCAAAGACAAUUUUGUUGCUCCACCCAAAGGUAAAAAAACUUCAGCCAGAAUAAGAAAAAUAACCGUCAGACCGAACGGCCGUUUCGAGAAGACGCGAUACAAAAGUCGUCAAUAGUGUAAUGGUGCUAAUAGUUCGAAAAAAGUACUCCAAGCCUGUUUUAUUUUUAAUCACCCCAGAGUACCCUGAGAAAAUUUUAACCACGCUCUCCAGAAACGGUUGGGGGACGAUCGUCCCAUUCGGCCAGACGACCCGCGACCGGUAACCGUGGCGAAACCGCCGACAGAUUAGCACGACCCCAGAAGCACGGGAGGAACGGAACCCUCUCUCCAGUUAGUCUGUUUCCACACGUCCGCCACGGUCCAACGUCCAGUUUCAGAAGAAAACAAACAAAUUUCAGUAGAUGGUUUAUUAUAUUAUUGGAAUGAAAAAUUUGUUGGCUGAAUAAAAAGCAACCUUUUCCCCUUUGACAAGAAAAA